GCGCCCCCUCGGUGCGCGGGCACAGCAGCCAGGCUGCCGGAGAGCUGAUCUCGGGGAUUCGGGUGCGGAGCCCUUGGCCUGGAGGCGAUAUGGGUGGUCCUUGGCCGGGUUCAGUCGUUUGCAGCCGCCUGGGGAACAGGCCUGUCUGGCCCUAAGGGAGCCCUCUUUCGAAGUGGUGGUGCUUGGACGACCUGCUCUCUGCUCUCUGCGUUGCUGGGCACCUGUAGGUGUCCCUCGAGAGCUCAGUUUUGAGGUUCAAGUCAGUGUGGCCAUGAAGGGGCUGCCUAUUGGGCUGAUGCUGUGACCCCGGAGUCUGCCUCUCCUGCCAGUACCCCUGCCCGGAACAUGUGGCUGCAGCUUGGCCUGCCCUCGCUGUCCCUGAGCCCCACGCCCACAGUUGGCCGGAGUCUGUGUCUCACGCUGUGGUUCCUCAGUUUGGUGCUGAGGGCCAGUACACAGGCCCCAGCACCCACAGUCAAUACUCACUUUGGGAAGCUAAGGGGUGCCAGAGUACCAUUGCCCAGUGAGAUCCUGGGUCCUGUGGACCAGUACCUGGGGGUACCCUACGCAGCUCCCCCGAUCGGCGAGAAACGCUUCCUGCCCCCUGAACCACCCCCAUCCUGGUCAGGCAUCCGGAACGCCACACACUUUCCCCCAGUGUGCCCCCAGAACAUCCACACAGCUGUGCCCGAAGUUAUGCUGCCAGUCUGGUUCACUGCCAACUUGGAUAUCGUCGCUACUUACAUCCAGGAGCCCAAUGAAGACUGCCUCUACUUGAAUGUCUAUGUGCCCACGGAAGAUGUAAAGCGGAUUUCCAAGGAAUGCGCCCGAAAGCCCAACAAGAAAAUUUGUAGGAAAGGAGGAUCCGGCGCUAAGAAACAGGGCGAGGACUUAGCGGAUAAUGACGGGGAUGAAGAUGAAGACAUCCGCGACAGUGGUGCUAAGCCUGUCAUGGUCUACAUCCACGGAGGUUCUUACAUGGAAGGGACAGGCAACAUGAUUGAUGGCAGCGUUCUUGCAAGUUAUGGCAACGUCAUCGUCAUCACCCUCAACUAUCGGGUCGGGGUGCUAGGUUUCUUAAGCACCGGGGAUCAGGCUGCCAAGGGCAACUAUGGGCUCCUUGACCAAAUCCAGGCCCUCCGCUGGGUGAGUGAGAAUAUUGCCUUCUUUGGAGGAGAUCCCCGUCGAAUCACCGUGUUUGGCUCGGGCAUUGGUGCAUCCUGUGUCAGCCUCCUCACACUGUCUCAUCAUUCUGAGGGGCUUUUCCAGAGGGCCAUCAUCCAAAGUGGCUCUGCUCUAUCUAGCUGGGCUGUGAACUACCAACCAGUGAAGUACACCAGUUUGCUGGCAGACAAAGUGGGCUGUAAUGUGCUGGACACCGUCGAUAUGGUGGAUUGUCUUCGACAAAAGAGCGCCAAGGAGCUGGUAGAACAGGACAUUCAGCCAGCCCGCUACCAUGUGGCUUUUGGCCCUGUGAUUGAUGGUGAUGUCAUUCCUGAUGACCCUGAGAUCCUUAUGGAACAGGGAGAGUUCCUCAACUAUGAUAUCAUGCUAGGUGUCAACCAGGGUGAGGGUCUCAAGUUUGUAGAAGGGGUGGUAGACCCUGAGGAUGGUGUCUCAGGCACUGACUUUGACUACUCUGUCUCCAACUUUGUGGACAAUCUGUAUGGCUACCCUGAGGGUAAGGACACCUUGCGGGAGACCAUCAAGUUUAUGUACACAGACUGGGCAGAUCGUGACAACCCUGAGACCCGCCGUAAAACCCUGGUGGCGCUCUUCACUGACCACCAGUGGGUGGAACCUUCAGUGGUGACGGCUGAUCUGCAUGCCCGAUAUGGCUCACCUACCUACUUUUACGCCUUCUACCAUCACUGCCAGAGCCUCAUGAAGCCCGCGUGGUCAGAUGCAGCUCAUGGGGAUGAAGUGCCCUACGUCUUUGGUGUCCCUAUGGUAGGUCCCACUGACCUUUUCCCCUGCAACUUCUCCAAGAAUGACGUUAUGCUCAGCGCUGUUGUUAUGACCUAUUGGACCAACUUUGCCAAGACUGGGGAUCCCAACAAGCCGGUACCCCAGGAUACCAAGUUCAUUCACACCAAGGCCAACCGCUUUGAGGAAGUGGCCUGGUCCAAAUACAAUCCCCGGGACCAGCUCUACCUUCACAUCGGGCUGAAACCAAGGGUUCGUGAUCAUUACCGAGCCACCAAGGUAGCCUUUUGGAAACACCUGGUGCCCCACCUGUACAACCUGCAUGACAUGUUCCACUAUACAUCCACGACCACCAAAGUGCCGCCCCCGGACACCACCCACAGCUCCCACAUCACUCGCAGGCCCAAUGGCAAGACCUGGAGCACCAAGCGGCCAGCCAUCUCACCCGCCUACAGCAAUGAGAAUGCCCCUGGGUCCUGGAAUGGGGACCAGGAUGCAGGGCCACUCCUGGUCGAGAACCCUCGAGACUACUCCACUGAACUAAGUGUCACCAUUGCCGUGGGAGCCUCCCUCCUGUUUCUCAAUGUGUUGGCCUUUGCUGCCCUUUAUUACCGUAAGGACAAACGGCGCCAGGAGCCCCUGAGGCAGCCUAGUCCCCAGAGGGGAACUGGUGCCCCUGAAUUGGGAACUGCUCCAGAGGAGGAGCUGGCAGCAUUACAGUUGGGGCCCACUCACCACGAAUGUGAGGCUGGCCCACCCCACGACACACUGCGCCUCACAGCAUUGCCCGACUAUACCCUGACCCUGCGGCGGUCCCCUGAUGACAUCCCACUCAUGACCCCCAACACCAUCACUAUGAUUCCCAACUCCCUGGUUGGGCUGCAGACCUUGCACCCCUAUAACACCUUUGCCGCGGGGUUCAACAGUACUGGGCUGCCCCACUCACACUCCACUACCCGUGUAUAGCUCUAGCGCGGAGCACAACCCAUCUCCCAGCCCCCUCCCUCCCAGCCCCACAAACACACAUGCACACACAUACACAUAUAUGUACACGCACGCACCCACACCCUACAGCAGACCCAUCUGCACAAACACAGACAGAUGUGGACAUGCACCCGCAUGUACAAAAACACAAAUCCAGAAGUGAACCUGAACAGGCCCUUCAAAUGGGGACACAUAUGAGUCCUUGGUACCAAGGGCCCAUGGAAUAGCAGCUGGAGCCAGAUCCCUGAACCCGACCAGACACUCCUGGGGCCCUGGAAAGCCACAGCCGGACACCCCCUUGGUGCUCGCCUUCUUGGAACUGCACCGUCUAACCAACUGCAGACUUGGGAGCUUUAAAGAGCAGGAUAGCUCUUCCUCCCCCAGACUUGGUCUUUUCUCUGGGUCUUGUUUUUGUUGAUUUUUAAAAAAAUUGGAACCAAUGUUUUUCCAGCCCGUUGAAUGCUAAGCAGCUCUAGAAGGGAGGGCUUGAAGAUCACGACUCUCUGGUUCUGGGACUCCCAGUGUUGCUUCAUACAACCAGACCAAGGAAAAGGACCCUCCAAGACAGUAACAGAUGGGAGCAAGACUAUGGGGUGAAAGGAGGAAGAGGCUAGCAAUGGAUGGGGCUGGAGGGCCAUCAAGGACAGAGCACCAACUUGGCUGUGGCCCUAUAGAGGACUGCAGCAUCAGCCUGGCUAGACCAGGGGAGCCUAGGUUCGGUAAACUAAGUACUGUGGAGGCCCGGAUCUUAUUGGACCUCUGGGUAUAUAAUCUGGGUUCUGCCUCUGCCCUUGGGGAAAUGAUAUCAGAAAUUUGCCCCCUUUUCUUUACAGUCUCUUUGUGUCUGUCAUUUCUCUUUCAAAACAGCGGUGGUUUUUUUUUUUUUUUUUGGUUUUUG